CUUGUGUUUCCCUGUCCAAGGCAGCUGGAGUCAGAGAAAAGAAAAACUAAGAGGAGGGGGCACGCGCACACACAGCCACAGCAAAAUGCAUGCAUGUUAGAGGAGGGAUCUUCAUAGCAUAAGACUGUGGUAUAUGGAAUAGCAAAGACACUAAAGGAUCUGGCAGAGGUGGCUCAGCGUUGUUUGGCUAAUCUCUUUUUCCUGCUAUAUAGCUGACACUGAGAAAGUACGGUAAAAGUCCAACUGUAACAAGAUGGGAUCCGGCUCCUCAACUUACCGACCCAAGUGUAUUUAUUUGGAUGUUGAUGGAAGAAUUCAAAAGGUGGUCUUCAGUAAAUACUGCAGUUCCAGAGAUAUUGUGGACCUCUUCUGCAUUGCAACUGGGUUACCAAGGAACACAACUAUCUCACUUUUGACGGUUGAUAAUUGCAUGGUAUCCAUCGAUCCAACAAUGCCAGCAAACUCAGAGAGUACUCCAUAUAAAGUGAGACCUGUGGCCACUGGACAGUUAUCAGAGAAAGAGGAAUUGUUCCAGAGUGUACUGACACAGAUUGCUGAACAAUUCUCAAGGGUGUUUAAAAUCAAUGAACUGAAAACUGAAGUAGCAAAUCACUUGGCAAUGCUGGAGAAAAAGGUUGAACUGGAAGGACUGAAAAUAGUAGAGAUCGAGAAAUGCAAGAGUGACAUUAAAAAAAUGAGGGAGGAAAUGGCAGCAAGAAGCACCAGGACCAGCUGUCCCUGUAAGUACAGCUUCUUAGAUGAAAACAAGAAGUUGACACCCCGAAGAGACGUACCAUCCUAUCCAAAGUACAUGCUGUCUCAGGAGACCAUAGAAGCACUUCGGAAACCAACAUUUGACGUCUGGCUGUGGGAGCCUAAUGAGAUGCUGAGUUGUUUGGAACAUAUGUACCAUGAUCUCGGAUUGGUGAAAGACUUUAAUAUCAACCCUAUCACACUGAAGAGAUGGUUGCUGUGUAUUCAUGACAAUUACAGAAACAACCCGUUCCAUAAUUUUCGGCACUGCUUCUGUGUGACUCAGAUGAUGUACAGUAUGAUCUCACUCUGCAAUCUCCAGGAGAAAUUUCCCCAAGUUGAUAUCUUAAUUCUAAUGACUGCCGCAGUAUGCCAUGAUUUGGAUCAUCCAGGAUACAACAACACCUACCAGAUUAAUGCCCGAACAGAGCUUGCAGUGCGUUACAAUGACAUCUCCCCACUGGAGAACCAUCACUGUGCUGUGGCUUUCCAGAUCAUUGCCCAGCCAGAAUGCAACAUUUUCUCCAAUGUCACCCAGGAACAAUUCAAACGGAUAAGACAGGGGAUAAUUACAUUAAUUCUGGCAACGGACAUGGCAAGACAUGCAGAAAUACUGGACUCUUUCAAGGAAAAAAUGGAUAAUUUUGAUUACUCAAAUGAGGAACAUGUGACCUGUUUGAAGAUGGUACUGAUAAAAUGUUGUGAUAUCUCAAAUGAAGUCCGCCCGAUGGAAGUGGCGGAACCAUGGGUAGACUGCUUAUUAGAGGAAUAUUUUAUGCAGAGUGAUCGAGAAAAGUCUGAGGGACUUCCAGUGGCACCUUUCAUGGACCGAGAUAAAGUGACCAAACCAACAGCACAGAUUGGGUUCCUUAAGUUUGUCCUGAUCCCAAUGUUUGAAACAGUGACAAAGCUUUUUCCAGAAGUUGACGAAGUGAUGCUCCAACCUCUUUGGGAAUCCAGGGACCGCUAUGAGGAAUUAAAACAACUAGAUGAUGCUAUGAAAGAGUUGCAAAAGAAGAAAAGCACAAGUUUGACAACUGACAGCACACAGACGUGAAAAGGAAAACACUCUGAGCUACACAAAAGUCACAAAAACAGAACUGAUGAGACCUUAAAGGUCUGUUGUGUUUGUUCGUGGAGUGGAUUGAUACAGCUAAGUAUCAUGGGAUCCUUCAGCCCGGAGGAAAGAUGGC